AUGAAAUCUUACCUAUUCUUCACGGCAUUCCUCUUCACCCUCGGCACAUCCCAGCAAGUUCCCAUCCCAGCAGACCUAACCGCAGGAUUCUCCUCCUCCGGCACACAGGGCCUCCAAGUAAGUUUCGGAGGCGAUGCAUCUGAGGGCAUCACAAAUGGCGAAACAGUCAAUCUAGCAGAUGCCCGCAAUCCGCCAACCUUUGCCCUAGGCGAUAGCUCCGGCGUCAACCGUGCAAUCUCAUACACCAUAUUAAUGCUCGACACGACCGACGACAAUGCGCGGAAGGUGCAAUAUCUCCAAUCCGGCUUCCGGGCUACUGGCGACAAGACUAAGCUAGAGACUCAGGAGGGACCUACCAUCCCAUACGAGGCGCCGUCUCCUGAUGCUGGGCCGCGCCAGUUUUCCUUCCUUCUGUAUCAACAUCAGGGCCAGCAGCCGGCGCAGCUGAAGGUGGUAUCAAACGGCGAUUCCGGCCCGUUUGAUGUCAAGGCUUUCGAGAGCGCGAAUAAUUUGAAACCGGCCCGGGCGGGGAUCGCGCUGUUGGUUCGAGAUACUAACUGUGGGCAGAAACGGACUCCUCCGACCUCGGAAUCAAAAUCCAGAUCAGAACCGUCUGCCACGCGAGGCCCUUCUACCUCUGCUUCUAUCAUUGUCUCUGUUCUUACCACAAACGUCACGUUCGCAUCCUCCAACAGCAGCGCAGCUACAACAAGGGGUGCGUUUUCGCAAUCCAUGUUUCCCUUUUCCGCUUCAAAUUCUAUCACAACUGCCCUGUCUACGUCUUCCUCUGCAUCGUCCGUCGCUGCCUCUAUCUCGAACUCGUCUCUCUCCUCCUCUCCCUCGGCUUCCACCCCAUCCUCCCGUUCAAGCUUACAAACGCGAACGAGCAUCGUGGUAGUUACAGCGAUCCCAGCAAACACCUCUAGAGCAAUUGGGGGAGAUGUAUCAGGAACUGCUGUGGCAAUUAGCAGUAAUGAAUCUGUCGCAGACGGAUUGUAUGAUUCCAUGUACAGCGGCGUGGUUUUGGCAACGGUGGUACUGCUCGUGCAGGCUGCGUGGUAUACUUUGGUGUUAUAA